AUGUUGUUCACCUGGAUAUUGCUCAUCACCAGCGCUAUAGCUGCCGAAUAUGACUAUGUCAUUGUGGGCGGUGGAACAAGUGGGCUGGCAGUAGCCAACAGGCUGUCGGAAGACCCUAAUGUCUCUGUCUUGGUUAUCGAGGCUGGCGAUUCUGUCUACGACAAUCCCAAUGUGACCGACAUCAGUCGUCUCGCCGCGACCUAUGACAGCCCUCUCGAUUGGGCUUUUCCGACCACCGAACAAACCUAUGGCGGACGCCAACAGAUAAUGCGCGCUGGAAAAGCUUUGGGAGGAACGAGCGUCAUGAACGGAGCGGCCUAUGCACGCGCAGAGCCAUCGCAACUCGAUGCUUUCAAAAGGUUUGGGAUCGAUGAAUGGUCAUGGCAUAGUUUGUAUCUAUACUACCUCAAAAGCGAGAGGUUCAACGCCCCCAACCGGACAGAAGUCAGCGCUGGAGCCACAUUUGCUGCCCAGUAUCAUGGUUUUCAUGGUCCGGUCAACGUUGGUUUCAGACCCAUGUCGAAAGGGGAGAAUGACCUGACGGUGGCAAUGAACCGGACCCUCGGUACAAUUGGUUUGCCUUGGAACCCGGAUUUGAACUCGGGGCAUAUGCGAGGAUUCACGCUUCAUCCUUAUACCGUUGAUCCGGAUGAUAUUCGCAGUGAUGCGGCGCGUGCUUAUUACUGGCCGUAUAAGGACCGCCUCAACCUCCAUCUGAAACUGGAUACGUUUGUCACUCGGCUCGUGUGGAGUGAUGAUGAUGGACAUGAUAAACUCAGGUCCGAAGGAAUUGAAGUUUAUGAGAGCAAGCAUGGAAAACGAUAUGCCAUCAACGCUCGAAGAGAGGUUAUCCUAGCAGCUGGGGCGAUGCGAUCACCUGCUCUUCUGGAGCUAUCGGGCGUGGGAAAUCCGAGGAUCCUCGAAAAGAAUGGGAUUCCCUUACGAAUCAACCUACCCGGCGUCGGGGAGAACUUGCAAGACCAGCUCAAUACAUCAGUUGUAGUGUCGACAAAAGUUCCAAUUACUGGGACCAGAACAGUGGCCUUCGCUUCAGCCGAAGAUAUAUUCGGAUCAUCAACUGAAUAUGUCGCCAAAUCCAUUCGAUCGAAGUUACCUCAGUAUGCUAGAGCUACGGCACAACAAAGCAACGGAGCCAUGAGACAGGAGGAUCUCGUCAAGUUGUUCGAGAUUCAACACGAUCUUAUAUUCUCUAAGCAGGUUCCCUCAGCAGAGUUUGUCUUCAUCCCACAGGGUACCCACACGCUCCACACAGGAUACUGGGGUCUUCUACCUUUUGCACGGGGUAACGUGCACAUCUCAUCCCCGGAUCCAUUAUCACCACCGGUGGUAAAUCCAAAUUAUGGGAUGCACGACUGGGAUGUCCAAAUACAAAUCGGCAUGUCCAAGUUCCUCCGACGCAUGUUUCAAACAGGCGAGUUAAAAGACAUUAUUGGUAAUGAAACCAUACCGGGAUUGCAAGUCGUGCCGGAGGAUGCAUCAGAUGAAGAUUGGAAAAUGUGGAUUGGAGAACAAUAUACUCCAAACUACCAUGCCAUUGGGACAACAUCCAUGCUACCCCGCGAGAUGGGUGGCGUAGUAGACAAUCGACUCAAGGUCUACGGGACUGCAAAUGUUCGGGUGGUCGACGCCUCAAUACAGCCACUGCAGUUUUGCAGUCAUCCAAUGGCCAAUCUAUAUGGAAUUGCGGAAUGGGUAUCCGAUAUGAUCAAGGAGGAACAUCGACUCAACACGUAA